CAUGACAAACGAGUAACUUUUUGACACGGAUGGAUUUGGUUUUGAAACUUGUCAUGAGUGGAUAUUCCUGAGGAGAUCAACAUUGUUUCAUUUCAGUAUGUCCCGGAGGAAACAAGCAAAACCACAGUAUGUCCUCACCGAUAAUACGAUGGACAACUUCUCAACUCCAAUGUGUGACAUCCAUAUCUGUGAACAAUGCUGUGCUGAAUUUGCCAAUAUAACAGACCUUCACCAACAUCAGCAAAACUGUUUAAAAGAUCAAUUGAUUCUCUUAGUAACUGCAAAUGAUAGCCCAGAUUUUCAACCGUCUACCCUCACCAGUUCAUCCCCCUUCAGAUCUGACGAGCCCUUGGAUGGUGUGAAAAAAACCAGCAAUACAAAGGAACUUGGUGAACUUUUAAAGGAUGAAACAUCAAGAGAAAUGGACAUAUCCUUAAAUACAUUUGAUGAAAUCACUUAUGAAACUGCCAAAAACUCCCAUCCACAUCACGAUAAUGGAAUGGAUACAGUUCUACCCCAAGAGAACCGCUUACUUGAGUUGUGUAAAUUAUCUGUCAUUAAUAGCAAUGUUUUCAUUGAAAACCUAGAAAAUACCAAAGUUGCUGUGGCUCAGUUUUCACUGGAAAGUAUUCCGAAUACAAGGAACGAUAGCACCAGCAAAACUACCACCUCUGGUUUGAUCGAGCAGUUGUUAGAUCUACAGCAACAACAGAUUCAGCAGCUCAAACUAAUUGAAGAAAUUCAAUGGCAGAUAUUGCUUUUAGCAGACCAAAAUACUGAUACACCAGUGGCGAGUUCACUGAUAAAACUUAGUUCAAAUGUCUCUGAGCAAUUAGCAGCAACUGCUGAGCUAGCAGAAAACCUAGCAAGCCAGUCUGCUAAUGCGAAAAAUUCGAAACAUAUUUCACAGACCAUCCAAAAUGACUCGUGGAGUGAUAAAGAAAACACCCAAGUGACUGACGAAAACAGAGGGAACUCUGUGCCCUUAAAAGUCAGCAGUGAUCUAUGUAGUAACCAAUCUUUGCAUAAUAACACAGGGAAUGAUAAAGUUAGCCAAACUAAUUUUAAAGAACAGUCCACAGCUCAUCCUUUGAUUACAGAUUGCAUUUUAAACCAACAUGAAUUGAUUCAUAAACAAAACAAUGCCUUGCCGAGUAUAAGUGCAAUUGUUGAGGACUUGAAUGCUUUGACUGCAUUAGUUCAGCAGAGGAAAGGCAAACCACUCAAUAUGACAUUAUUUAACCACGAGAGGCCUGGUGAAGAUUGUACACUCAAACACAAAUGCAGGUUCUGUGCCAAAGUAUUUGGAAGCGAUAGCGCUUUGCAGAUACAUCUGAGGUCUCACACUGGAGAGCGACCUUACAAAUGCAACAUUUGUGGAAAUCGAUUUUCCACACGUGGAAAUCUUAAAGUCCACUUCCAGCGUCAUAAAGAGAAGUAUCCUAACAUACAGCUGAAUCCUUAUCCAGUUCCUGAGCACUUGGAUAACAUCCCAACUAGCACAGGUAUCCCAUAUGGAAUGUCUUUUGCUCAUGAGAAGCCUGUCCCUAUGUUGCUGGAAAAUAAACCUUUAGCAGGUAACUCACUUGGCUAUAUACUUCCAUCAUCUUUGCCAAGUCUUCCACCCAUUAAAAAAGAGGAGGAAGGGGUAUCAAUAACCAAACCUCAUAGUUCUGUCAGUGUCAGUGAGGUGUUUGAGAGACAUACUGGGCAUCAAGAUGGUUCUAGCAAUAUCCCUUCUUUAAUUUCAAAAGAGAAAUUUCCGGAGGUCAACCCAGAGUUGAGCCUUUGCAACUUUGUACGUUUUUCGAGAGAAAGUUCAGGAAACCACAUCGUUACAAAUACAAUGGAUUCAAGAUUAACAACUGAGCUAAAACUGGAGCAGCUUGAACCAAAAUUUCUUUUUAGAAGACAUCCAAAUCUCACAGGAAGCUCAGAGACUUUGAAGCUGGAGCGUCUGGUAGAGAACAUUGAUAAGAAGUCCUCUGAUCCCAAUGAGUGUGUCAUCUGCCAUCGGGUUCUUAGUUGUCAAAGUGCCCUCAAAAUGCACUACCGCACACAUACCGGAGAGAGGCCAUUCAAAUGUAGAGUGUGUGGACGAGCUUUUACUACCAAGGGCAAUCUGAAGACACACUACGGUAUUCAUCGAUCCAUGCAACCCCUUAGAAUUCAGCACUCCUGUCCGAUAUGCCAAGAGAAGUUCACAAAUGCAGUUGUCCUACAGCAGCAUAUUCACAUGCAUAUGGGUGGUCACAUCCCCAAUUUCCCACUUGACGAUAACCACCCUGACUCUAUGGACCAGGACACUGACCUACCAGAUGAAAAGAACUCAAGAGUUGAUAACUCUACUGACUACAUGGAGGUUGUCAAAGGUGUUUCGGAUUGUAAAAACCAAGACGCAUUACCAGACAAUCUAAGGUCAUCUCCUGCUUCUUCAGAGUUUGCCAGAGCAACUGCACCAGAGAGUCAGAUAUCAAAUGUGGAUACCAAGUUUACUACGCAGAAUGGAUUAGUGCAUGGAGACUGCCUAACCCAGAAAUCAUCUUCAGUAAAUCUGGACUGUAAGAGAAAUAAUUCAGCCAACACUGAGAGAGCACACAUCUGGAAGCCCCCUUCUUCCAACAGCUCUACUUCUGAAUUACAUGAAUACUCCAUAUCUGAAGGAAACCUGACAACAUCCUCUGCUGAGUCACAUAGUUUAAGUCUUUCAUAUCACAACCUUCGGUUACUAGAUGGGACAUCUAGAGACAUCUCAAAAGACAGCAUGUCCAUGAUUCUUUCUACCAGUGAGAGGGAAAACCUGAAAAGCAAUGUUUGCGAUAUUUGCAAUAAGACGUUUGCCUGUCAAAGUGCUCUGGAGAUCCACUACCGCAGUCACACCAAAGAACGCCCAUUCAUCUGUAGUGCAUGCAAUAGAGGGUUCUCAACCAAAGGGAACCUCAAGCAGCACAUGCUCACCCAUCAGAUGCAAGAUUUACCUUCACAGUUGUUUGAGCCAGAAAAUCAGAUUUUUGCGACAAACCAGUUUCGGACUUUAACAGAACCAAUCAUGUGUUCAAACAGAGUUGACCACAAUAGCUACAUUAAGAAAUACUCUAAAGACUCCACAGCAUGUGUAGUUAGCUCCUCCAUUUCCACAUUACCCACACUCUCCACAGCAACUUUAACAGCAGAACCACUUCCGCGAUCAGCUAAAGAGCACUUCUGCCACACGUGUGGGAAGACCUUCUCUUCCUCGAGUGCACUGCAGAUUCACGAGAGAACCCACACUGGUGAGAAACCAUUUGCCUGCAAUAUAUGUGGACGUGCAUUUACCACUAAAGGAAAUUUGAAGGUUCAUAUGGGAACUCACAUGUGGAGCAGCUCUCCAGCUAGACGAGGUCAUAGGCUAUCUGUUGAUGGUCCGUUUCUUAGAUCUAUUCCUGAGAGAUUUCAAGACACUCCCUUAAAAGAUUUUGUAGGUAGAGGGAAUAGUGAGGUCUCCAUAGGUCUAUGGAGUCACUUUGCCUCUCUCAAUAGUGGUUUGGCCUUGAGAGCAAACAAGAUACCUGUCAUUCAAAAUGGUGCCAUAAAUCACUUGUCUGCCGGACAUGUCGAAAACUUAGAAAAAUUUGAGCUCAACCGUGCUUUUACUUUGGCUUCACCUUAA